AUGGACACCUAUACCUUUGCCACUUCACGUCAGAUCAACUUUCCCGUAUGUGUUAGAAUUAACAGCCUCGAGGGCAGACAGAACUCGGUACCAAGCUCAGUCUUGUUGAAGCAUCCAGAGAUCCGGCAUAUCGGGUCUAUACAAAGUCCGACUUCAGAACUGUACGUGACAGCUCAACUAUGGGCCGAAUCCAAGCCGCUGGGGGUGUCGAUGCAGACGCCUCACGUUUUCUUCAAGAAUGGCAGGGUUUGGAACAAGUGGUUGGAACUUCCCGUCCUCGUCAAAGACUGCCCGAUGUCAUCACAGAUCGCCAUCACGAUAUGGGAUAUAUCGCCUUGCCCCGAAGACGGUAGCAUCAAUCACACUGUCCCGUUCGGUGGCACCACAAUCGCAUUGUUCGACAAAGACGGCGCUCUCAGAAAGGGCCGGCAGAAGUGCAAAGUAUACCGCCAAAGGGCAGCUGAUGGUCAGAUGCCCUCGUCAACCCCACAUGUUCCGAGACCAAAAAGACGAAAGCGUAAUCAGCUACCGUCACCUCCGAUCCCAGAAGAAGAGGAGCUAGAAAGAUUAGAGCUUCUCUUCAAAAAGCAUGAAAUGAAUGAGAUUCCACAGAACGAUUGGCUGGACCAACUUGUCUUCCAAGCGGUGGGAAAGAAGGCUCGGGAGGUGGAUGAGGCUGCGAGGAAAAGGGCUGCCUUGGCUAAGGCUGCCAGACUUGAAGCCAUCAAUUCGAAGCACAAAACACUCAAAACAGGAACAUUAAAUGCUGAUGACGACUCUGACGAUGAUUUGAUUGAUGAGCUUGAGGAUGAGGAAUUAUUCACCAUAUAUGUUGACUUUCCCCGAUGGGAUUUUCCGGUCGUCUUUGAAGACCAUGAUUACGAACCUCCACGAAUGAUGCAAGAAUUCCAACAUGCAGCUGAGACCCAAGGGAAAGCAGCGCCAGAAGUUCGCUACGGGCCUGGCAUAUCCGGAUUUGGCACCGUCGUUGAUGACGAGGAGUAUCCGGUGAUGCAGAUAUUUGAUCCUGAUCAAUUUCACAAAGACAACCCUUGCGAGAGCAAGCAUCGUCGCUUGGUGCGAAGCAAUCGUAAUGCUUACUCAGACAGUGACCAGAAACCCAACGCCAAAGUGCGAGAUCAUCUGAAUGAAAUCCUCAAUUACGGCCCCACGCAAGAGCUGACACCGCCGGAAAAGGAUGUGCUGUGGACUUUCCGUCGUCACUUGAGUCGCGAUAAGCGCGCUCUGACGAAGGUGGUCAAGGCUACCGACUGGAAUGCACCCAACGAAGCGCGGCAAAUGGCCGAACUGAUUCCAAAAUGGGCUCGAAUCGAUGUCGACUCGGCACUGGAGCUACUGGGCCCUACCUAUGACAGUCCAUUUGUCCGAGCUUAUGCUGUCGACAGACUGCGGCAGGCCAACGACGCUGGACUUCUCCUCUAUCUCCUUCAACUGGUCCAAGCUCUAAAGUUCGAGAAGUAUGGUAAUGAAGAAGAGGGAUUACCACCAACGUCACUAGCCAAGUUCCUGAUCGAUCGUGCUGCGAAUAACUUUACUUUGGGAAACUAUUUGCAUUGGUUCCUUAUGGUGGAGAUUGAUGAUCAAGGCCCAGACACGAACGCGGCGAAUCGAAAGCUAUUUGCAAGGGUGGAAUAUUACUUCAUGAUCGAGCUGGAGAAGAAAGACCCAGAACAGCGCAAAGUCCUGCUUCGACAAGGCGAAUUGAUUGCCGUCCUAACUAGGGUUGGCAAGGAGAUUCGUUCCAGUCGAGACAGCCGGCCGUACAAGAUUGAAAGGCUCAAAAAAUACCUUGCAGAUCCGAAAAACGAGCUGAUCAAGAUCGAUCCGCCGUUGCCUCUUCCAUUUGACCCCGAGAUCCACGUUAGCGGAAUCUUUCCAGAGGAAGCCAACGUGUUCAAAUCUUCGUUGUCCCCAUUGCUGCUGAAAUUCAAAAUCGCCAGUGUGGGAGAUGGUGCCAGUACUUCUAUACAAUCUCGCUCACAGUCUGCGGGUCAAUACUCGAUCAUUUUCAAGACAGGAGAUGAUCUGAGACAAGAUCAGCUGGUGGUCCAAAUCAUCACGCUGAUGAACGAUUUGCUUCUCAAGGAAAACCUCGAUCUCAAGCUGACACCAUACAGAAUCCUUGCCACGUCACCUCUCGCUGGGGCAGUGCAGUUUAUUCCAUCGACUGCCAUCUCAGUGAUUUCGGCCAAGUACAAAGGCUCUGUUUUGGCAUAUCUUCGAGCAAACAACCCUGAUUCGUCAGGACCUCUUGGAGUCCGGAAAGAAGCGAUGGACACAUACAUUAGAUCUUGCGCAGGCUACUGCGUAAUCACCUACAUUCUAGGAGUUGGUGACCGUCACCUGGACAAUCUCCUAUUGCAACCGUCUGGCCAGUUCUUCCACAUUGAUUUUGGAUUCAUCCUUGGUCGAGAUCCCAAGCCAUUUGCGCCUCUGAUCAAAUUGUGCAAAGAAAUGGUGGAAGGGCUUGGUGGAGCGGGAUCUCCGCAGUAUGCGCAGUUCAAGCAAUACUGUUUCACGGCCUUUGCAGCACUACGGAAGUCGAGCUCGUUGGUGUUGAAUCUCUUCAGCCUCAUGGUGCAGAGCUCCAUCCAAGACGUAAGAUUAGUGGAGGAGCAAAUGGGAGUUAGUGGAGGAGUUGUUGCCAAAGUCCAGGAGCGAUUCCAUUUGGACCUCACUGAAGAAGAGGCAGUCAAGGUGUUGGAUCAAGUAUUGGCUGACAGUGUCAAUGCUGUCUUUGGUGUGAUCAUAGACAAGGUCCACGAAUUUGUGCAAGGGUGGCGAGCAUAAUCCCCAUGACAGGAUAUUGUUCAAGUCUCACCCAUGGUGACAAACU